GUGAAAAAGAAACAAGUAAGAAGGGGCGGGGGCGCGUGAAGGAGUCUUGGAGGAGGGGUCAUAUCAUCACCAUUCACCAUUCACCAUUCACCGGCAGCAGGAAGAGGGAAAACUAAAUAAAUUGCUCUUGCUUGGGUGAGGGGUCAUUGCUUCUACGAGUAUUACUUAAACCCCAUACCAAUUUCACAUCUUUCUCAAAUCUAAUUUUUGUUCGGAAAUUGAAAUCCCACUGGUUUUGUAAACCCUAAAUUAGAUACAGAUGGCUGGUAUCAUAAGAUCAAGCUUGUCAUUCAUAGUGGGAACAGUAUUCGGCGUUUAUGUGGCUCAAAAUUACAACGUCCCCAACAUGAGGAAGCUUGCUGAUACUGGUAUGGCUAUGUUCAACCACCUUGAGCAAACUUAUCGCAAACCCAAGAAGCGCGGGGAAGAGGACGAUCACUAAUUUACCUGGACAUGUAAAGGCCAGCCAGAACUGCAGCUGCUUGAAACAGUUACUACAUGAUUCUUGCUCCUAUUUAAAGCUUUCGUUUACAGAAUAUAAGUACUCCUUGAUCAUUGUUGAGCUGUUACUCCAUAUUUGUUUUUGUGGCUUUGUGGCACAUGUAUGAGAACAUUCAAAGAUUGUAAUGUUGCAGUCUUGCAGAAUCCUUGAUCAAUAAUAUCAAUACAGUAUUUAUUGUUUUUA